AUGUCUGAACAUAUUGAAGAGUUGAGUAAACAAGUUGCAGAGUUGUCAGCCAAUGAGGCUGGCGCUGAGGAUGUCGUUCUUGGAGAAGAUGGUCAGCCACUUUCCAAGAAGGCUUUGAAGAAGCUGCAAAAAGAACAGGAGAAGAAGCGGAAGAAGGAGGAAAGGGCUCAACAGUUGGCGGAGGAGCAGGCGGCAAGGGAAAGUGCGGCCGCAGCAUCAGACACCGCGAAAGACAAGUAUGGGAAGUUACCUUUGAUUCAAUCUUCAAGUAGAAGCGGGGUUGAAAGGGUGCAGAUUUCUGAGCUGAGUGCGGCAGACGAUGGCAAGGAGGUUGUGAUGAGGGCCAGAGUGCACAAUUGUAGACAACAGGGUGCAACUCUUGCAUUUUUGAUGCUAAGACAACAGUCGUCGUUGGUUCAGGCGUUGGUGAAGGCUAACCCAGAUGGUAGCGUGUCGAAGCAGAUGGUUAAGUGGGUAGGGUCUAUUAACUUGGAGUCAAUUGUGUUGGUCCAUGGUAUUGUGAGGAAGGUGGUAGAGCCAAUUAAGUCAGCUACGGUGCAAGAUUUGGAGCUUCAAAUCACGAAAAUCCACACCAUUUCUGAGACCCCUCAACGGCUUCCUAUUUUAUUGGACGAUGCAUCUCGUUCCGAGGCGGAGGCUGAAGCAGCAGGGUUGCCAGUUGUGAAUUUGGACACACGUCUCGAUGCCCGUGUCAUUGACUUGAGAACCACAACUAACCAGGCAAUUUUCAGAAUACAGGACGCUGUUUGUCAGCUAUUCAGAGAGUUUUUGCAAUCUAAGAAGUUCACUGAGAUUCAUACGCCAAAAUUGCUCUCAUCUCCAUCGGAGGGUGGCGCAAAUGUGUUUGAGGUAACCUAUUUUAAGGGAAGCGCAUUUUUAGCACAAUCUCCUCAAUUCUAUAAGCAGCAGCUAAUUGCAGCCGACUUUGAGAGGGUGUUUGAGAUCGCUCCGGUGUUUAGGGCUGAAAAUUCCAACACACACCGUCACAUGACGGAAUUCACCGGGGUUGAUCUGGAAAUGGCUUUUGAAGAACACUACCACGAGGUUGUUGAUCUUCUCAGCGACUUAUUCAUGUUUAUAUUUAGUCAACUAAAAGAUCGGUACGCUGAUGAAAUCUCCAUUGUUCGUAAGCAAUUCCCAGUUGAUGAGUUCAAAUUACCAAAGGAUGGCAAAAUGGUGAAACUCCACUAUAAGGAGGGUAUUGCCAUGUUGAGAGAGGCUGGUAAAGAGCUUGGUGACUUUGAUGACUUGUCUACCGAAAAUGAAAAGUUGUUAGGUAAGUUAGUCAGAGAGAAAUACGACACUGACUUUUACAUCUUGGACAAAUUUCCACUAGAAAUUCGUCCAUUCUACACCAUGCCUGAUCCAGAGAACCCUCAAUACUCCAAUUCAUAUGACUUUUUCAUGAGGGGUGAAGAAAUAAUGUCUGGUGCACAACGUAUUCAUGACCCUGCGUUACUAAGACAAAGAAUGAGACACCAUGGGUUAACUCCCGAGGAUGCUGGCUUCAAAGAUUAUUGUGAUGCCUUCACAUAUGGUUGUGCUCCACAUGCAGGUGGUGGUAUUGGGUUGGAAAGAAUCAUCAUGUUUUACUUAGACUUAAAGAACAUCAGAAGGGCAACAAUGUUCCCAAGAGACCCAAAAAGAUUAAGACCAUAG